CAGGUUCAAUCAGCAGUCAUGAGGUCUUUGGUGUUCCUGGUGCUCCUCGGAGCCGCUUUUGCUCUGGAUGAUGACAAGAUUGUUGGCGGAUAUGAGUGCCAGCCUCAUUCUCAGCCCUGGCAGGUGUCUCUGAAUGCUGGCUACCACUUCUGCGGUGGCUCUCUGAUUAAUGAGAAUUGGGUUGUGUCUGCUGCUCACUGCUACAUGUCACGCAUUGAGGUCCGUCUGGGCGAGCACAACAUUGCUAUUACCGAAAACACUGAGCAGUUCAUCUCCUCUGAACGUGUCAUCGCCCAUCCCCAGUAUGAUGGCUAUGACCUUAAUAAUGACAUCAUGUUGAUCAAGCUUAGCAAAUCCGUUGGACUCGAUGCAUACGUGCAGCCUGUGGCCCUGCCCACAUCUUGUCCCCCCGCCGGCACCAUGUGCUUAGUCUCUGGCUGGGGAAACACCAUGAGCUCCACUGCUGAUUCCGACAAGCUUCAGUGCCUGCAAAUCCCCAUCUUGUCUGACACUGACUGUAACAACUCCUACCCCGGCAUGAUCACAAAAUCCAUGUUCUGCGCUGGAUACCUGGAGGGAGGAAAAGACUCUUGCCAGGGUGACUCUGGUGGUCCUGUGGUGUGCAAUAACCAGCUGCAGGGUAUUGUGUCCUGGGGUUAUGGCUGUGCUGAGAAGAAUCGUCCUGGCGUAUAUACCAAGGUCUGCAUUUUCAACGAUUGGAUCGAGAGCACCAUUAAUUCAAACUGAAGCGGAUCUAAAACCAUACCUUCAGAAAAGUCACAUGUAACCUCCAAUUUUGCAAUUCAUUAAUAUUUUUUGUAUCGGAGAUUAAAGAACCUGUGCAAAAAUAAAAGCA